GACACAGAAACAGCUGCGUAGCUCAACCGCCAUUUUCUUUCCCUCAGCAGCUCCAAGCUCUCGCACCGACCCUUCCUCUUAAACUCUCCCCGGGCUUUAGAUAGCGAUGCCGGCCCAUCCGCUGCGUGUCGCGGUCGUGUGCUCCAGCAACCAGAACCGCAGUAUGGAAGCGCACAACAUCCUGAGCAAGCGAGGGUUUGACGUGCGUUCAUUCGGCACCGGAAGCCACGUCAAACUGCCUGGACCGGCUCCGGACAAACCCAACAUUUAUGACUUCAAAACCACUUAUGAGCAGAUGUACAACGACUUGGUCCGCAAAGACAAGGAACUAUACACACAGAAUGGAAUCUUACACAUGUUAGAUCGUAACAAGCGCAUUAAAUCCAGACCGGAACGCUUCCAGAGCUGUAAAGAUCAGUUUGACCUGGUCAUCACCUGUGAGGAGAGAGUUUACGACCAGGUUCUGGAGGACCUGAACUCUCGCGAGCAGGAGACCUUUCAGCCGGUGCAUGUGAUUAAUGUGGACAUUCAGGACAAUCAUGAGGAGGCCACGCUGGGAGCGUUUCUCAUCUGUGAACUGUGCCAGUGUAUUCAACAUACUGAUGACAUGGAGAAUGAAAUGGACGAACUUCUGCAGGAGUUUGAAGACAAAAGCCACAGACCGUUUCUACACACCGUCUGCUUCUAUUGACACACACUCACGCUGAACACACUCGGCAGGCUGGUUGCCAUGGCAGCAGAGUAACGGCAUGACAGUGCGCUCAUUUAAAUGCAAGAACUCACACGUGACGCAACACACACUCAUGCAGUCAUGUCGCUCUGCCUGUGUCUCUGUCUCUCCUGUUUACUGUCAACACAACCAUCAGAAGGGAAGUUCUGUCACAGGUCUUGCACACUGACUUUACCUCGACAGGAAGUCUUGAUUUUGGUUUUGUGAUUCAUAAGUUUGAUAUGUUUAUAUGAACAUUGAGUAUUAAAAUUUAUUUCUGCCACAUUACUUCUGUACGAAUGGGAAACAGUCCUACUGAAGGAAAAAAACAUCUUAAACCAGCCUUUGUUGACUGGUUUUAGGGGUUUUGUGCACUUUUUUUCAGCUGAUUGACCAGCUUGGACCAUCUUAAACUAGCUAAAACCAGCUUAGGCUGGUUAAUAUUUUUUUCUUCAGGUUUUUCAGGUCGGUUCUAGACUAAAAUGCAGAUUCUGUCAUAAAAACAGAUCUGAUCUGAGAGUGAGUUGAGCACAUGGCCAACAACCGGUGGCAAAAAACCCUUAUUAAUAAUACUGUACAAUUAUUACUAAGGAUUUCUUCACUUUAAAGGAACUGUUGCAUUUCUGAACUGUAUAUGAGCUUAUCAGGUGAUAUGAUGUUUAAAAACUCUGGCAGAUGGGAUGAUAUCUUUGAUUUUCUCAUGAAUUAAUUUGAGAAUUAUUUAAACAUUGGAUUUGAUACCUGUUGAGGAUAUAUUUAGUUUUUCUUUUGUAAAUGAACGUGAGAUUCUGUAAUUGUACCUGAAGCAACCCAGAGUGCCUGAAAUUAUUCUUGUAAAUAUUGCGCUAUAAAUGAAUGAAUAAAUGAAUAAGUCAAAGAAACGCU